UAACAAGAAGCAUGAACCCAAAAUUUAUCCCAACUUGGGUUUCCAUUUUUAUCCUCGGUCUGACCGAUUUAGUGUUUUCUGUCUCCUUUUGUCUCUUCCUUAUCUUCUUCACCUUUAUAACCUCUUCUGCUUCUUCCUCCUGUCAGUUAGUGGCCGCGGUUUUAGCUGUUGGAUACUAAACCAAGUCCUCUUCUUUCAUCCUUCUUCGGUUCAGUGUUGCUUUUCUGGAUGUAACCUUUUUACCCCUGGAUUGUAAGAGGUUUUGAGAAUGUCUGAUUAGUGCUUAAUCUGUAGUAUAUUGGGUUAUGGGACGAGAGAUGGUGAUUGAGUCGUGGUUUAGCAGUUCAUGGUGGAAUCCAAGGAGGAGUGCUUCAGAGAGUACUGACAAGGUGGUGCUUGGAAUCUUAGCUUUUGAAGUUGCCAGUUUGAUGUCUAAGGUGGUGAAUUUAUGGCAUUCUUUGGAUGAUAGGGAGAUCUUGAAGUUGAGGGAAGAGAUUACAAACUCGAUUGGAAUUCAAAGGCUUAUAUCUGAUGAUGAAAAUUACCUUAUGGAUCUUGCACUGAAUGAGGUAAUUGAGAAUUUUGGAAAUCUGGCUACGUCUGUGGCCAGGCUUGGGAAGAAGUGCACUGACCCUGUGUAUCACCGUUUUGAAGAUUUCAUAAAAGAUCCAAUUUUGAACAAUUUUGAAUGGUUUGGGUGGGAAUAUCGCUGGAAGAAGAUGGAGAGGAAAGUAAAGAAAAUGGAGAGAUUUGUUGCAGUUACAUUGCAGUUGACUCAAGAGUUGGAAGUGCUGGCAGAACUUGAGCAAACUCUCAGGAGGAUGCAGAGAAAUGCGGAGUCAGAUCGGGUGAAAUUACUUGAGUUUCAACAGAAGGUAAUGUGGCAGCGUCAGGAAGUAAAAAAUCUACGUGAGAUGUCUCCAUGGGUUAGAACUUAUGAUUACAUUGUCCGGCUUCUGUUGAGAUCACUUUUAACAAUACUUGAGAGGAUAAAAAAUGUCUUUGGGACCAACCAAAUGGCAUCUGUAAAUGGGAAUGAUGAUUUUGAAUCUAUUAAUAGUGACUGUCUUUCACGCAGCCAUUCCUUUUCCACUCUAAUGCCAUCUUCAGUAUAUCCUUCUGAUAAUAAUCUAUGUGGGUUCUCCUCUGGACCUCUUGGCAGGUCAUUUUCAAAGUCUGUGCAGAUCACUGGCAAGCAUCGAACCAAUAGCAAGCAUCUACAAUCUCAUUAUCAGUCCUCUGCUUUACAUGGCAAGCAGCCACAUUCAAAAACGAAACGGUCAGGUCAUGUUGCUGUUGGAACUUUUAAAGGAUGCAUGUCAGCUGGAAGCAAUUCUCCCAUUUUAGAGAGCUGCAAGCCAAUUGGCACCGGAUCUAUGAGGUUCAGUGGUGCUUGCACUAAAAAUAUUGACAAAAUAAACAAUUCAAAGAUGGAGUCACUGUCCUGCAGCAAUAAAAUAUAUUCUAAAUUAUCCAUUUUCAAUACCAAGCGCUUGUUGAGUGCUCCUACAUCAACACUUGGUGAUGCUGCUUUAUCUCUCCGCUAUGCAAAUGUGAUUAUUUUGAUAGAGAAACUAGUUUCAUCACCUCAGUUGAUUGGCCUUGAUGCAAGAGAUGACCUGUACAAUAUGUUACCUACAACUAUGAGAAAUGCUGUGUGUGUUAAACUGAAGUCAUAUGUGACGACUUUGGCUUCUUUCAUCUAUGAUGCUUCGCUUGCAGCAGAGUGGAACCUGGCACUAGUGCGGAUAUUGGAAUGGCUGGCUCCUCUUGCUCACAAUAUGAUUAGGUGGCAGUCCGAGCGUAAUUUUGAGGAACAGCAUCUGGUUUCCAGGUCAAAUGUACUUUUGGUACAGACGCUACACUUUGCAAAUCAAGCAAAAACUGAAGCGGCUAUUACCGAGCUUCUUGUGGGCCUUAAUUAUGUCUGUAGGAUUGGUAGAGCACACAAUGAAAAAGCUAUACAGGAAUCUGCUGGCAGCAGCUGUUCCCAAUAUUUGCUCAAAAGGGAUGACAUAAGAUAACACUUUAACUUCCUGUAGCAAUGCUGAAUGCCUCCAUGAGGCUUCAUUUUAACGUCCAGAGCAAAGAAGAAAUUUAUCCCAUUGUCCAGGUACUACGUUGAGUGUUAUGUUAAACUCAUAGCAUCUUGUUUGGAGCAAGCCUUUGUUAAUAUACUUAUUCAUUUGCAGUUGAUAGAUUCUCUAACUUGUUUAUAUAGUUGAUGAAUUUGGGUAGCUAGCCAUUUGUAACGCAUAUUACUUACAGUAACAUGAACUCACCUUGGUCUCGUCGGAGUAUUGGCAUAACUCAAGCAUUACAUGCUGAAUUAGUAUGUUUAGCACUUUAUUGCUGUUAGUUAAAUGCUAUUAUUUCGAACCCUGGUACCUCAUAAUUGCGAGUAACUAUUCUUUAAAAACAAAAAGGCUAUGGUGACAUUGAUGUUGUAGCGUCUGACAUGUCGAUAUUUUUUCCUGAGUGAUGGGAUUCUGCUUUGGUUCUUUUUUCUUGUAGGUUGACCUGGGCUAUGUGUUAAAAAAAGAUACUAGGAUAUUUACUAGUACUUGGAAUUUAUCUGUACCAAUAAAACUGUAGGUCCGAUAAGCUUCUUUGGUAGCUUAUUUUUGUUUUACCAACAUACUGUGUUUUUGCCCAUCCCACCAUAUUAGUUUGUCUGUUGCAGAGGAUUCUUCAAAGUACUUAUUAAUGCUCUGAACAAUUAAUCUUUGCAUAAAUGACACGCUUCUUGGGCGUUGCUUCCGAUGGUAUGAGCUUUCGUACUGUUAUCCCCA